CCUGGGCCCCCUGAAGCGCCAAGUGGCACCGUCCCUUGGUGUGGAGGUAGCCACGGAGCAAAGUGGCACGGGAGUGGGCACGGCCUCCUCCGGUAUGCUGCAACACCUGGAUGAGGGCUGCCGGCAGGGCGAGGGUGUCGAGCGCCUCGUUUCCAAACGGGUACUGCUUACCCACCGCGAAUAUCUCCUUGGAAGUAUUAUAGAGCUGUGCGUACAGGAGGCCCGCCUGCCGGAGGGCACACCGGCGUUUCGUCU